UUUUGGCCUGUACCAUUGGGGUUCAUUGUGGGGGAGAUGGGUCCUCCCUAAUAUCUUUCCCCAGGACUUUUUAUACUGGGGUCUCUUGUAAAAGGGGGGACUGGGGGUUGGGGCCUGUGCCCCAGGGGGUGUGGGCAGGGAGGCCUGCUCCUUUCCUUUCAUAUUAAAGUGCAAUUUAUUUUACAGCACUGCUUGCCUGUGAUGUCAUGCCUAGGGGCAGGGCCUCGUGCCUCCCAGGAGGGUCCCCCCAGAGCCAGCUGCAUUUUGGUGGCUGGGGGGGGGGAAAGCCUGGAGGCCUGGUUUCUCUGGUGGGGGGAGAGCUGGGGGAUGGAGCAGGAAGGUUUGGAGGCUUGGAUGCCUGGGUCCUCCAGCUCUGGGAGUGGGUGCUUGGUGGGGAUGCUGGGGGCUUGGAUGCCUGGGUUCCACGCCUGCAGGCUGGCCCAAGGGUGGUGCUUGAGCUUGGCCCUGUGGCUCCCCCCCCCGCACCCCCAGGCCCUUCCUCUUUCUGGGUUUCCUGUCUGUCCUCAUCCGGCUGGGCUGCCCAGCCCCAGGGGACCCAGGCGUCCAGAUGGAGCCCCCAGAACAUGCCCUUCUCGGUGCCCUUCUGGCUUGGGCGCUGCUGGGCUCUGUUCAAGGCCAGCAGGCCAUCCUACUGCCCCCUGACGGUGCUUGUGCCCCUAGGCUGCGGGGGGUGUCCGGCACUGGGCGGGGGGGCCUUGGCUGGGCUGGUGCUGGGGGACCUGGUGCUGACGCUGCUCAUCGCCCUGGCCGUCUACUGCCUUGCCACCCGCUGCCGCCUGCCGUCCAGCUCUGGAGAUGUGAAGAAGCCAUGCGCCCCUGAGGUAGAGUCCCCAUACCAGGAGCUGCAGGGGCAGCGCACGGAAAUCUACAGCGACCUCAAGGGCCCUGGAGCUGCCGGCAAAUGAAGACCCCGGGCAUCCGGGCUGGUCCAUCAUUCCCAGUGACCCCCGCGCCCCCUGGCCCACCACGGACCCGAAAGGCUCCAUCUUCCCCCCGAAUCGACUAGGCUGGUCGCCCCAGUAACAUGGUUUCGAUCUAGUCCAUUUUGGGGGUCGAUUUGGUGGAUUUUGAGAAAAAAAAAAA